AUGUUGGAUUCAUCUGGAGUUCACCCAGAUGUAGCCAGGAAGUAUCGCUUAGUGGUCGGCGCGAUUGUUGCGGCCGAUCAAAGUCUCUUGUUUCGAGGUAAUGCCCGCACUGCUGACAACAUCAAGUGCAGUGGUGUGCGCGCGAUGCUCGAUUAUGUCAUGAAAAGGUUCCCGCGUGAGGGCGCUCCUACUCAUAAACAAGUGGAAGUCCACCUACGUGCCUGGAACUCCCAACAUGCUCGUGUUUUUGGGUGUCGUAUCGAGCGCUUCACGUCCAGGUCCGCCAGUGUUGUUGACCUUGCACUCAAGUUGCGGCCCAAGAGCAAAUUCUUCAUCAAUGCCAUGGACGCGAUGAGGUCCAGCGGUAUUCCACCUUUCAGAAAAGAGGUUUUCGUUGGUUGGGCAACGAAUGUUGAAGGGGAAGAAUACAGUCGUGUGAGGGAGACCGAGAAGCGGGACGGUGUCAGUGAGACGUGUCCGGGUCUUUUUCGGAGUCCCAAGGAGCUGGCUGAUGUGCUUGAUGCACUGAGGAGCUGCAUGAGUGAACUGAGCCAGCGUGGACAGGGACAAGGGCUGCUCGGUGGACGACUUCUUCCCUUGACCGUGGAGCGCAGCAGUUCACCAGUCAACAUUUUCCAUCACCGGCUGGGUCUAGUCUACUGAAUUGCGAAAGGGUCCUACCCAAGCGGGGAAGUCACCGUCCUUGAGGGUGCCCAUGCCGCUGGCAAAAGGUGGAAGAUACUUG